UCUUAAGUUAUUUAAUGUAGGACGCUUAGAAACUUUAAAAAUUAUCUUAACUCCCUAAAAACUUUUCAGAUUGGCAAGUUGGAGAUGAUUAUGAGAUAAUCAAAUAAAUAGGAUCUGGCUCAUAUGGAUAAGUCGUAGAGGCUAUGUAAAAAUCCACAAACAAAAAGGUGGCUAUUAAGAGGUUCUAUUUCAUUUAUAUUUUUAAGAUUGACAGCAAUAUUUGAUGAUGAAAUUGAUUGCAAAAGAAUCUUAAGAGAAAUUUGUAUUUUAAGAGAAUUGAAGCACCAAAAUCUAAUUCAAAUUAUUGAAAUUCUUGAACCACAAGACCCUAAAUCAUUUGACACCAUAUACGUCGUUAUGGAAUAUGCUCAAGUAUUUAUUUCCUAAGUAUCAAAGAGUGACUUAAAAAAAUUAUUCAAAUCCCCCAUUCACUUAUAAUUUCUCCACAUCCAAACUAUUGUCUACAAUAUUUGCGUUGGCCUUAAAUAUUUGCAUUCUGCUAAGGUCUUACAUAGAGACUUAAAGCCAGCAAAUGUAUUAUUAAAUGAAGAUUGCACUGUGAAAAUAUGUGAUUUCGGAUUAGCCAGAAGUGUGCAAGGUUGUUAAUUUAAUAUUAUGUUCUAGGGAUUGAUGCCACAGAUUAGGCAUUAGAAGAAGAACUUGCUAGACAAUAAGAAGAGCCUAAAAAGAAGGAUGAGAAAAAAGGACCUAGAAUGCUAUAAAAAUAAAACAAACUAAAUGCCAAAGCUGUAAAAAGAGAGUUAACUGGACAUGUAGUAACCAGAUGGUAUAGAGCCCCAGAGGUUAUUCUCUUGGAAAAAGAUUAUACUGCAGCUAUCGAUGUGUGGUCUGUUGGUUGUAUCUUUGCAGAAUUGCUAAACAUGAUGAAAGAAAAUGCGCCAACAUUCUUAGAUAGAGCUCCUCUAUUCCCUGGAACCAGUUGUUUUCCCCUUAGUCCAGAAAGAAGUGCCAUCGCAAAAAAAGGAGGAUUUCCUUAUUCAAAUACAGAUUAACUCACUGUUAUCUUUUCUGUCUUGGGAACACCUGGCGAAAAGUAUCAAAACAAUUAUAAUUAAAUUAGAGACAUGGAUUUUGUCACUGAUAAAAAAGCUAUUGAAUACUUGAAGAGUUUUCCUAAAAAACCUAAGGUUGCAUUUGUUGAGAUAUUUCCAGGAGCACCUCCUGAGGCUUUGGAUUUUCUAGACAAAUGUCUGUAAUUUAGUCCAAAGAUAAGAAUCACUUUGGAUCAAGCAAUUGAACAUCCAAUGCUUUAAAAAGUUAGAGAUAAAAAAAAGGAAACAGCUGCUCCUGGUACUUAUAUUCAUUAAUUGAUAGGACCUAUAUAUCUAGAUUUUGAAUAAGAAGGCGAUUUAUAAAUUCCAAGAUUAAGAGAAUUAUUCUUAAGAGAAAUUUCAAAAUAUAAGCAUUGAAUCUGCGG